AUGGCGCCAUCCCUGCUCCGCCCACAGGUCCGCCUGUCCAAUGCAGAGGCGCUCAAGCUGGCGCAGCUGGCGCCCGAGGUGCUUAAGAGCAACCCCAAGGUGUUUUCAGCGUCGCCUUUAGCAGCCAUGUUCUCUGCAUCGGAGACGGGCGACGUGUGGACCAUCUACGAAAACCUGCUGCUGGCUUGCCUGCGGACUGGCGACGACAAGGCGGCCUCGGACUGCCUGGAGCGGAUUGUGAUCAGGUUCGGGCCUACGGACGAGCGCGUGAUGGCGCUUGAGGGGCUCACCAAGGAGGCAAAGGCGACGAAUAACAACGACCUAGAAAAGAUCUUGAGGGAAUACGACGCCGUUUUGAAGGAGAAUGAUGCCAAUGUUUCCAUUGCCAAGCGCAAGGUCGCCCUUCUUCGAUCAAUGGGCAAGAUCCCGGAAUCUAUCGCCGCUUUAAAUACGCUUCUCGAGUUCAAUACUACGGAUGGCGAGUCUUGGGCUGAGUUGGCCGAUCUAUACCUAGAGGAGGGCCUUUACGCCCAGGCCAUUUAUGCCUUGGAGGAAGUUUUGGUUCUCCAACCGAACUCAUGGACGACCCAAGCCCGUCUCGGAGAAGUGUCCCUGAUGGCUGCGUCCGCGUCGGCUGAGGGAUCUGGACAACAAUACCUGAUCGAAGCAUUAAAACGAUUCUCCCGUAGUGUUGAGCUGUGCGAUGAUUUCCUGCGCGGAUACUACGGGUUGAAGCUGUCAUCCGAUAAACUGCUCGAAAGCUCCAGCAAAGGGAAGAAGCAACAAGACGAAGUCUUUCCCGUCCCCGAUACCAAGACUAUACAAAAACUGAACGAACUCGCUACAACGAAGCUCGCGGAGAUUGUGCGCCGGAAUGGGGCUCAAGAAAAGCUGUGGCAAGGGUACGAUGCAGCGGAGGUUGCUGCGGCGCGAGAGCUCCUUUCCCAGUCGUCAGCCCAAGUGGUGAGGUAG